GGAAUGGUGAUGGACCUGCUGCUUGCUCCCCUCCCUGCCGAUCUCUAAUCACUUUGCCCCUAGGUACCGUACAGGCGUGCGCGCGGGGCAUCAGACACACCUCCCCUUCCUAACUUCCACCAAAUCUCCCUCCCUACCGUGCUUUCCGCUUUCCUCCCUUGAUUUUUUUUAUCCGUCUCCUAGCUCCAGAUUUUAAAAAUUAUCUCUUGUGAGCAACUCAUAGCUAACUACUACUAGUAGCUGAGACUAAAAGGUGCUGGGAGGAGAAGGACAAGGUCUCUGAUCAGCUCAGCUUGUCUGGUCAAAGCUGAGAGCCUCGUUGUGCUGUGAGUGCAAGCUCGACCGACAGGACCCCUGCCACUGUGAAGCACAGCGUCAGCGGCGACAAGACGAAGGGGCGGAAGCUGCCAAGCCGAUAGAUCUACGCAAAUGGAGACCAAGGACGUGUCGCCGCUCGCCGCCGCCACCACCACCACCGCGGCGCCCGUGCCUGCACCGACCUCUCAACCGCCUCCGCCGGCCCCUUCUUCUAUGGCGCCGCCGCAGCACCAGCACCAGCACCAUCCGCCGCCGCCGUUCGCGCAGCAGGCGGCCCCGGUUCCGUCGCCUGCCGCGUCCAUGCCCGGCGGCAUGCGGCUCUCGUUCGACCAGAUGUCCGGGAAGGCGCCCGGGGAGCAGCACCACCACUCCGCGCCCAUGCUGUACACGGUGCCACCACCGCAGUCCGCCGCGGGCGCGGGCGCACCGGGGGCCAAUGUGCUGGGCAUGGGCGAGCUGAUGCGCAAGAAGCGCGGCCGGCCGCGCAAGUACGCGCCCGACGGGAGCAUGGCUCUGGCGCUGGCCCCCAUCUCCUCCGCCUCAGCCGGCGGCGCCGCAGCCCCCGGACAGCAGCAGCACGGCGGCGGGUUCUCCAUCAGCAGCCCCCCGUCCGACCCCAACGCCAAGCGCCGCGGCCGGCCUCCCGGCUCUGGCAAGAAGAAGCAGUUCGAAGCCUUGGGCUCCUGGGGCAUCGCCUUCACCCCUCACAUCCUCACCGUCAAGGCCGGCGAGGAUGUUGCUUCAAAAAUAAUGACAUUCUCACAGCAAGGCCCUCGCACAGUCUGCAUCCUUUCCGCGAAUGGUGCAAUUAGUAAUGUUACACUUCGGCAGCCAGCCACAUCUGGUGGACUAGUUACUUAUGAGGGGCGCUUUGAGAUAAUCUCGCUAUCUGGUUCUUUCCUGCUUGCGGAGGAUGGUGAUACUCGCAGCAGGACUGGUGGCUUGAGUGUCGCACUUGCAGGAUCUGAUGGCCGAGUUCUUGGAGGGUGUGUUGCUGGAAUGCUUAUGGCUGCAACUCCUGUUCAGGUUGUGGUGGCUAGCUUUAUCGCAGAGGGAAAGAAAUCAAAGCCAGCGGAAGCACGGAAGGUUGAACCGAUGGCUGCUCCUCCACCGCAGAUGGCUACCUUUGUUCCACCUCCGCUGGCCACCAGCCCUCCAUCGGAGGGAACAUCCAGCGCAUCAUCUGAUGACUCUGGCAGCCCAAUCCACCACAGUGCGAUGCCGUUCAGCAACUCCAGCCAGCAUCAACACCCUCACCAGCACCAGCACCAGCACAUGCCGCCUGCCUACGCAUCCGGGGGUUGGUCCCUCUCAGUGCACCAGCAGAAUAGGCAUGAUUCUGACAUGAAGAUGAUGUCGAACUAACAGUGCUCAACCUAGGCGUCCCAUUUGUUGGUUGGGCUGGAGAGGAAGGAAGCUGCUGAUGGUUGGUACUGCCGCUAUGAAAUGGUCUUCUUGCGCCGUCUGUCCUGAUCAGUGACCCCGUGUUGCUCUGGUCAAUGACGGUGUGUCUGCUAUAGCUAAGAUAGCUAGGAAGGAUUAGAGUUUAUGGGCUCACUUGCUGUUGUUCCCCUGGGUAAGAUUAAUUUAAUUUGAAUUAGCCGCUGUUGUAAUGCUGUAGCCAGUGUCCUGAAGUCGCUUAUCAGUCAGUCCCUGACGCGAGCUGUGAUGGUUGCCUGAUGAGAUCUUCACCUCCUAGUCCUAGGCUAGUUAAAAUAUCAUUUCUCUAGUACUAUGAAUCAUGAAUUUACUUGGAUGCUUCGGUUUGAUUCAGGAAUUUGAUCGUAUUAUGUUU